AUGUCAAAUAACACAAAUAGCACUGCAAUUGUAUCUGCAGUUGCAUCUGCUGCAGCCUCAGCUAUGGUAAUUCGAAGCGUCACGAGCGAAUUGGUUCCUUCUGAGGUUCUAGAGUACUUUUCUUCAAAAUUUUUCAAUCUCAGGCACUACUUCUCGUCGCAAUUCACCAUUGCGAUCGAGGAGUAUGAGGGACUGAUGUGCAACCACAUGUAUGAGGCUGCAGAGGUCUAUUUAGGCACCAAAGCCGCUCUCGCGAGGCACAGAGUUCGAGCAAGCAAAUCAGGGAAUGAUAAGAGUCCAGCAUUCAGCAUAGACAAAGAUGAAGAAAUUUUCGAUGAUUUUGAAGGAGUUAAGGUAACUUGGAGAUUUUUCCGUUAUUUUGAGCAACGUACUAAUAGAAAUCAUUAUAUUAAUGAUUUCAAUGGUUCUUCCAAGAGAGAAGUAAAGUCCUAUGAACUAAGCUUUCACAAGAAACACAAAGACAAGAUCUUCAAUUCAUAUCUUCCGUUUGUGUUGGAAAGAGCAAAGGCAAUUGAAGAAGCAAACAUGGCUUUGAAUCUUUACACUGUUGGCAGUGAGAAUGAAUGGAUUGGAGGUGUGGAAUUUGGCCACCCCAUGAGUUUCAAAACUCUAGCGAUCGAUGAAGAUCUCAAGAACAAGAUCAGUGAUGAUUUGGACAAGUUUGUGAAAGGAAAAGAGUUCUAUAACAGAACUGGCAAAGCUUGGAAAAGGGGUUACUUGUUGUAUGGUCCUCCUGGGACUGGCAAGUCGAGUCUUAUCGCGGCCAUGGCAAAUUAUCUCAAUUAUGAUCUCUAUGACUUAGAUCUCAGUGCUGUUCCUACCAAUAGGGAGUUGAAGAAUCUGGUCCUUAACAUGUCCAACCGUUCCAUUCUUGUUAUGGAAGAUAUUGAUUGCACUAUAAAGCUGCAGAACAGAGAAGAAGAUGAAGAGGAGGAGGACAACAUGGAAAGAGUUAAGAAAGAAAGCAAGGUAACACUAUCAGGGCUAUUGAAUGCAAUAGAUGGUUUAUGGUCAUGCUGCGGCGAGGAACGAAUCAUGGUGUUCACGACGAAUCACAAAGAGAAGCUUGAUCCUGCUCUUCUAAGACCUGGAAGAAUGGACAUGCACAUUCACUUGUCAUACUGUACUUUCUCUGCUUUUAAACAAUUGGCAUUCAACUACCUUAGAAUCUCACAUCACAAUCUCUUUCAAGAGAUUGAAGGGCUCCUAAGAGAAGUGCAGGUUACUCCAGCAGAAAUUGCAGGAGAGCUGCAAAAAAAAAUUAAUGCUGAAAAUUGCCUGCCAGAUAUUGUUAAAUUCUUGCACAACAAGAAAAUGGUGGAGCAAAAUGAACCAAAGUUGAGCGUAAUCAUGGAAUAA